AUGUCUCCCAAGCGCAAGGAACCCAUGGAUGAAAUCUUCAAGUCUCGCAACAUCACAUUCGUCAUUGGCCCUGAAAAGGAGCAGUUCACCGCUCACGAGUCUUCCAUCGCCGGUCUUUCCGAGCCGCUCCGUGUCCUAUUCACUGGAAACAUGAAAGAAGCCAUCGAGGCUAAGGUCAUCUGGGAAGACGUUGAUCCGGCUGUGUUUGUCAGUUUGCUGGAGUUUGCAUACACUGGCAGCCUUUCUACUUCAAAUUCCAAACAGCAAGGAAACCGCGACGGGCUGAAAUCUCCUGGCUUGAAUAAAGAGUCAUGUGCCGAUAAGAGAGAUGACAAGAGAGAGGACAAGGGAGAUGACGAGAGCGACGACGACCAGAGAGACAACGACGAGAGAGACGACUACGAGAGUGACGACGAGAGUGAGGACGAAAUUAACGACGAGAGUGACGACAAGAGUGACAAUGAGAGUGGCGACGAGAGUGGCGACGUGAGUGACGACGAUGAACAACACAGUCAGAACGGAGAUCCGGGCAAUCUCGGAACCGACCAGUCCGAUGCUGAGAACGUAACCCUAAUGAGCGAGAUGAAUGAAUACUCUGCGAGGGGAAAGUUCUCGCAGAAGCACUUUCGGCUCAAGCAAUUCCACCAGUUGAAAGAUGACCCGUCAAGCUUGAAUGAUGACAUCAUUCCGUACAAUGCCGAGGCCUAUAUAAUGACCGCAAAGCUUUACAUUCUGGCUGACAAGUACGACAUUGCGGCACUCAGAGGCCUCUGUCUUUGCAGAUUCACUUGCAGCUUGGCUCAUAUUGGCGGCCGGGAGAUGACCAUGGAUAUCCUGGCUGCUACUAUUCGAUACGUCUACGAACACACCAUAAAGAAAGAUCAGCUUCGAAAGUUGCUGUUGCGAUUCCUGAUCACGGAUUUGCAGUGGGCACUUGGAUGCAACGGGAUAAGGAAGAUGCUUGGCGAUAUUCCCGAGCUUGCUUCUCAGCUGGUACUCCUGGUGCCUUCCUACUACUGGGAGGAGCUCCAAUAG